AUGAAGGAAAAUAUUCCACUUCCAUUCAAAACACUUGCUACAGUGGCUUAUCGCGACGGAAUGCUUGCUCUAGCUUCCACAGCUGGGUCUAUAACUAUUGUGGACGUGCAAAACGAUGCUAACACCACAAAAAUUGUCCGUAAGGGAAAACCUUCAAACAUCACACUUAUCAAAUCCGAAGGACAAGUAGUACCAGUGGCAACGACCAAGGAUAAAAUCUUUGUUGGCAGCGAAAAAACAUCAUUACAGCAUUCAGGAGAGAUUAUAGCCAUUGCUUCGCAUCCAACGUUGGCUUACUUUGUUGUAGUUGGACGAACAGGAUGGCUGCUUGCUACUACCAACUCGAUAAUUCAUCAAGAUUCGACUCCAUACAUAAGCGCUGCUUUCCAUAUUGAUGGAAAAUUGGUAGCAUUAGGGUCCAGUUCAGCCAUCGACAUUGUGGAUAUUUCGACUGCUGAAAAGGUUGCGGCGAUUGAAUUCAGUAAUGCCAACAAACUCCUAUUUGCCCCCAACGGAUAUUGGCUACUUGCACUUUCCAACGAAUCUCUCCUGGUGAUUGAUAUUCGAACACAAUCCGUAGUGGGAAAUAUUGAAGGGUCCUUCAAGGACUUUGUUAUCGACCCUACCUCCACCAUUAUCAUUGCAACGAGCGAAGACUCCACUUUCCUAUACAAAUAUUCCAAAUCUGAAAAGCAGUGGAUGAAUGAACCUGUUGUGCACCUUGACCAAGGGAUACGCUCAAUCUUUAUCCUGGACGAUGUUCACUUUGAAGAUUAUUUGCAAACUGGAGAUAUUCCAUUUAUUGGAAUUGACACCGAUAUCAGAAAGGGAGAGCUAAAAAAGGAAAACUAA